AUGGACCUGUCCGAUUCAGACAGCGAGUCUGACUCUGACGAGCAGGGUCUGCAGUUCAGAUCCAAAAAGCUCCAGCAAGCAGGGUCUUGGUACAAAUACGUCAAAGAGUUCCAAAUCUUCAUCCCUUUUCUGUUGCCGCGAGGGAAUAGAACUGUGCAGUCUUGCAUCUGCGUCGUCCUCGUCUGCCUGACAUUUAAUCGGGCUUUACACGUCCUUGUACCUCAUCUUCUUGGUCUUGCAGUCGACCAAGUCUCAUCCAACGAAGAGCCCCUCCAAGCCCUGGGGCUUUGGAUGCUUUUCGAGGUUUUCAACAGCGAAUCCGGCCUUGGAUAUGUGGAAGAACUAGCGAAAAUCCCUCUCAAACAGUUUUCCUAUCGUCAGAUCACCAAUGCGGCUUUUGACCAUGUCAUGCAGCUGUCAAUGGAAUUCCACUCAACUUGUGACUCUGCCGAAGUGAUGAAAGCCAUUGAACAAGGAGAAUCUUUGACUGGGCUAUUGGAGACAAUCAUUGUGUUCGUUGCGCCAACUUUUAUCGAUUUGGUCAUCGCAUGUGUCUACCUAGGCAUGAGGUUCAAUAUCUUUGCAUCAUUGGCAAUGGCGGUAGCUUCAGUGUCUUACAUCUCACUUGAAGUGUGGCUCUCCACUUGGAAUUUUGAAAACCGACGUGCAUUGACGAAAGCCAAGAGAGAGGAGACACGAGUCAUGCACCAAGCUGUGCAGGGGUGGAAAACAGUCGCCCUAUUUUCCGCCUUUUCUCACGAACGUGCACGAUUUGGAAGGCUUGUUGACUCCCAGCUUCUUGCCAAUAAGAAAUGGAGCCAGAGAGACGCUCUUCUCAAGGCCACGCUGGGGCUGAUGGUCCCUUUCACUUUCUUGGUGCUCUGUUGCUUGAUUCUUCGCGACGUCUCGAGAGGAACCGCGUCUGUGGGAGACUUCAUCUUCUUUACAAAGUACUGGGAGACCCUGAUUAACCCAUUGACAUUCCUCAGUCAGCAUUACCGCUGGCUUACAUCUGAUCUGAUAGAUGCAGAGCAUUUGCUUGAACUCCUCCAGACGCAGCCUACAGUGACCGAUAAAGAAACAGCCCAACCAUCGGUAAUUGAGAAAGGCGAAGUCAAAUUUCAGGAUGUUCACUUCGCCUACCCUUCGAGGAGCAACACUGUUGAAGGUGUUAGCAUCACAGCUAGACCCGGUCAGACUGUUGCAUUAGUUGGUGAAACAGGUGCUGGCAAGUCUUCGAUCAUGAAACUUCUCCGAUUUUACGAUAUCAAUUCCGGCUCCAUCAAAAUUGAUGGCCAGGACAUACGUGAUGUCACUCUGAAAUCCUUACGUGAAACAAUUGGUGUCGUGCCUCAAGAUCCCCUUCUCUUCAACGCCUCGAUUCUGGAAAACCUUCGCUAUGCAAACCACUCCGCUAGCGACGAGGAGAUAUACGAGGCUUGCAAGCUAGCUGCAAUUCACAGCAAAAUCCUCUGUUUCCCGAAACAAUACGACACCAGCGUUGGUGAACAGGGUGUCAAACUUUCAGGUGGCGAGCUACAGCGAUUGGCUAUCGCACGAGUCAUUUUGAAAAACCCGCCAAUUGUCAUCCUCGACGAAGCGACAAGUGCUGUCGAUACCAAUACUGAAACGGCAAUCCAAGCCUCAUUGGCUCAUCUUCAGAGCAAGCGCACGACAUUCGUUAUUGCUCACCGGCUAUCGACGAUCAUAAAUGCAGAUGAAGUUCCGGUCAUGCGUCAAGGAAGGGUUGUUGAACGUGGAACACAUGGCCAGUUGUUAGAGAAGCAAGGAAUGUAUCACAGCUUAUGGACGAGUCAGGCAAACGGAAGAGAAGAAACAUCAUAG